AUGUCCUCAGCAUCGAAAACAAUCGGUGGAGUGGUAGUUCUUUACCUCCACGAUGUCCCAACCGGGGCUAAAUUGGACCAUGAGCUGAAAGACGUAAACGGGAAGACACCAACUAAGUCCCGCGCUGUCCCUGUUGCGGCCGCUAUGUUCGGGCGACCACAUCUCCGGCAGUACCCCGGACGAACGAAAGCAUAUCACGCUUCGACUGGGCUCCGCGUCCGAUUGGAGUAA